GCGCACAAGAUUUCUCCCAUUCCAAGUGGGCUACGAAGUAACAUCUCCUGCUUGACCACCUCGGUGGUGAAUGUUGGGCACUUCGCACGGAAUCCCACUUGUGAUUUUCGAAGGAUUGUAUUGAUGCACAACUCUCUUGUUAAGACCGCAGCCAUUCUGAGUCUGCGGAAUGGCGGCGCUGAAGGGGUUUGAUAACACGAAGUGUUUGUGACACACUCGGGAAGUUGACGAUUGGGUUGAGUUCGGGAAUUAUUGGGUGUGGUUUCGUGAAGAAUAAUGUUCGGGAAUUAUUGGGUGUGGUUUUGUGAAGAAUGAUGUAUCGAGGUGUUGAGGUUAGCUCAUUGACCAGAAGAUGGACGGGAGGAGGAAGACCUGCGGGGCGCUUAAGGGACAUGAGAGCUUGCUACGAUUAGUGGGGAAGCGUCGCAAGCUGCACCCUUCUGUUUUCAGCUCUCCCAUCGUCGAAGCCGUGCACCUCGAUGUCAAAGUCCACAAUGAAUUGCCCACCGCGAUUGAGACUUGUAAUGCGGAGGACAAUGCAAGGUCCAUACAGACUGUGGAAGAGAAUGGCAAGGAGAUUCUCUUUCCUGAGUGGGUGACUUGCCCUGUUUGCUCUAAGAGCAUAGAAGGAAACGAUGCUGUCAUCAACAAUCAUCUAGACACAUGUCUUGCAAAGCGUAACAGGCGCAAGAGCACGCAGCUCACACUAUUCAGUACAAUGAAACGGAUUUCGAAGCCCUCGACUUCAGCUGUUAGGAGAAAAGAUGACGCAACACCAGGGAAAAGGACUUCUGUAGUUUCUAAUGUGCCUGAAAAGCAUACUCUAUCAACAUCUCACCUAGCGGAGUCUAAAGUUAUGAACUCAUCUUGUGACGAUGAUUCUCAAGAGGAAUUACCCAUUGCCGUCAAUCCUCUUAAAGGCCACACUGAUACAGAUAUGGGUUUCACUGGAAUGCCCCCUCUUGUUGGCGAUGAUAGUGGAGUUAGUUCACCUUCCAAGGAAGUGAUAUUUCGUAAUGAUGAUCAGUCUGAUAAAUUUCUAGAGAUGAAAAUCUUGAACGAGGGUUUAGCCGUCCCGCCAAGUAACGAAGAGGCUGAAAAGCUGGUCCCCAUGGUUCAAGUGUUGAGGUCUCAGAUUUUGAAAUUUGAAAACACGACAUCUCAAGAACCGGCUACAGUGGUUGGCUCUCAAGGUGAAAUAGGUGUGAAAGUGGAGUCUUCUGAAUUGACUGAGACUGAUGCUGCAAAAAAUGAGGAGGUUUGUAUAUGUUUGUGCCACUACGCUUCUAUUAGCUCAUGCAAUCCGAAUCAUAAACAGUCCAUGAACUCUACUUUGAUGGAGAACUCCACAGAAGUGAAGGAUGGUGCACCAGCUCCAGAUCUGAAUGAUACUCUUGGAGAUGCGGCUCGUAGAGAUUCGUUAGCAGUCGUAGGCAGUAUUGACACUUGUAUAGUCGGCAGGAAAUUCAGCGUGGAAGUUGCCUGUAAAGAGGGAAUGGAACUUACUUUCGUAAGAGAUGGAGACAAUCCUAAGGAUUCCAAUGCUAUCAAGGUCCUUACAUUAGACGAGUUGGAUCUGGGUUAUCUUCCAAGGCAAGUUGCACUUCAUCUUUCUGUUCUCCUCGACAAAGAAUUAGGGUAUCUGAAGGGCUUCGUAUUGACACCUCCGGAAGACGAUUUUGACGCAGUACCAAUACAAAUUAGCUUCGUGAAGAAAUUUUUUGAGGCUAUACAUGAAGAGUUAAUUAACAAGUGCUGGCAGGGGGUUGUGGCCGCAAGCUUGGUCGCCCCAAGACGUAUUAAGUACGAAGCCAAUUUUCUUCGUCUGCUCCAAACUGUCUUGGAGCGUGACAGCCACUUGUUCAAUCCUGAAGAAUUUGCUUUUUUGAGCUCCUUCUCAGCUAUGUCUGGUGAUGCGCAAAGACUCUUUAUUCAUUUGUAUCAACGUAAAGGUCCUUGGUUUCGCUUCAAUAAUCUGAGUUAUUCAGAUGUUGCUGAUAUGGAGUCAUCUGUUCAGGAGCUUACUGCUGCUGGAUACAUGAAUACAUCUGAAACACUAGCUGAUGGCUCUGACACCGAAGUAAGGGAGGUUACAGAGGUUCUAAGUGUCAUGGAGCUGAGACAACUUGUGUGUACAGCACAAUUGAAGAAUAAGAAAGAGGUUGCGAAUGCAAGAAAAGAAGAACUUGUUAGCUGGGUUUCCUCUGGUAUUCUUGCUAAAGAUCAGGUUUCAGCUCGUGGGAGCUGCAGUGGUAUUGUUGUGAAGAAUAUGAUGCUGAAUUUGGUUGGACCUUGCAUUCGGGUUUCUGAUGAUGCGGUAUUCUUGCUCUGGAGAUUGCAGAGACUUUUCUUCUUGAAUGGAGAUCAGGAGCUUUCUUCUUUUCUGUUGGUGGACAUGGGAAUGGUGAAAUACCCUGAAUACAGAUGCAAUCGAAAGAUGCCCAUUUUUGCAACCCGUGAGGGAUUGCUUGAGUAUGAGAAGGCACUGGAAGUUGCACAAGCUAUGGAUAUGGCUCUUGAAGUGAACGAUAUGCCCAUAGUACUGACUUUUUUAGAGAAAUCUCGGACAUUUUUACGUCAGGAUCGAAGCAGCAACGAGUCACUGAGAAAUGAUUGCCCUUCUUUUCUUUACCGCUUCACGGCUGCUCGUGUGUAUUCAACAAUUUGUACUUUGGGUGUUUCAAUACUUGAACGAGAGCACAGAUACGGAGAGGCAGUGGAAUAUUUGAAGGAAUUGCUCUCUUCGUGCACACGAUCAGGUAGGCGAGGGUAUUGGACUGUUCGACUGUCAGUCGACUUGGAACACCUUGGCCGAAAGGAAGAGAGUCUUCAAGUGGCGGAAAUGGGUGUUAACGACCCUUCAAUCAGGGGUGGAGAUCUUGUAGCGUUGCAGAGACGGGUUGUCCGUCUUAGCAAGCCUCCUCGAAGGUGGAAAAAACCACCAUAUGCUGAUGCUUUGGAACUGAAGGUUGAGGAGGUCCAAAUAAGGGGUCGCCCGUUGAAUUGUACUAUAGGAAUGAAGAGCCGGUUUUAUGGUUUCGACGGUCAACAAUGUGGAGUGGAGGAACUGGCUUUACAGCACUAUGCAAGUGAAGAAGGAGGUGGUUGGCAAGGAAUGCAUUCAGAAGGUGGGAUCUGGAUGACACUCUUUGGGCUACUUAUGUGGGAUAUUAUAUUUGCCGACGUACCCGAUGUCUUCCAGACUCCGUUUCAGACAGCCCCACUAGAUCUGAAUACCCGUUCCUUUUUUACAUCGAGACAAUCCAUCAUUGAAAAGCGCCUUGAAGAAAUUCGGCAAGGUUGUGCAGUUGUGCUGCUUGCGGAAUGCUGGUCCAAGUACCAUGGCACCUGCUGUCGGGGUAUCAACUGGCAUAGAUAUUCUCUUGAGAAUCUUCAAAUUAUUGCUGCUUGUGUUGGAGGAUCUGGUUUGUCUGCACUCAUUCGACUUCUCUGUCAAGAUCAUGCUGGAUACUCAGCAGGGAUGCCGGAUCUUCUCCUUUGGCGAACUUAUAAGGAACCAAGUCAACUGAGAAGAGCCGGUUCCGUCAUGGAUUGUCGAAGUUGUGAUUGUAGUCAAGAGACAGAUUCUUUGGAAUUGGAAAAUAUUGUAAAUUCGGAGGAAACAAAAAGACCUGAAAAAACAAAGGGGCAUGUGUUGCGAGGAGAAGCAAAACUUGUGGAGGUCAAAGGACCUCGAGAUCGACUCUCAGAACAACAACGUGCUUGGAUAGUCGUCCUGCUGAAUGCAGGCUUGUCGGUCCAGGUAUGCAAAGUCUUUGAGACUUUAGAAAACUAAUUGAUAAUUAGCAGUUGCUGCAUGAGAGUGUUUGCUCAGAUGCAACCAGUAACAGAGUCACUUGCAUCUUUUAUGCAAGUCAUACUUUAUGGACCGAGUCCUAGAUCAGAUUCAUUCAAUUGUUGGGAUCUCAGGAGCUUGAAAACAAAAUGGCAUUAGCAGAAUAUUUCAUUGCUGGGUGAGCAACUCGCGCUUAUUUAUUUUUCUUGCAACUAUUUUGGUGUGAAGCUUACAUUGUUAUUAUCUCGUAACAAAUUUAUUAUCUUGGUUCGAUUUUAAUCGAUCCUUCAAACGCAUUCAUGCUCA